AUGUGUGCCCUGCGCAUCAUGGACAACCUCUUGCUCGACGGCCAUCUGGGCAUCGUCUUCGCGCUCGCGCUUGCCGUGCUGCGCGCGCUGCCGAGCCGCGUCACCAACGACAACGCGCUCUUCGAGGUCGCGUUCGACAUGGCGGUGUCCGCGCGGCACAUCGAGGAGCGGGAGGCGGGGGGCGCGCCGGAGAGCGUGAGAACGAGCGGGCGGAUGACGCCGACGUAG